AAUGGGAUAAUGUAAUGCGCAAGUAUAUCACAUCGCUCAAGAUCAGAUUCAGCUCCAGCAGUACUGGCGCAGCUGGGGUACCCUCAUUAUCCUGUGCGGCACAGUAGGUCCCUCAGGUGACAAUCGGAUAUAACGUGAGUGUGGGGACCGGUUCUAUGGUGCCUGCACUGAUUAGCCUCGGGUGGCUUGCGGGUUACUUGCGGGCAUUUAGCCAGGAAAUUGUGGCACAAGUGAUGCGGUGGUUGUCCAAUAUCUUAGAUAGGGCCAAGGCAGAUCGAGUACCGUGCGCGUGGUGGAGGGUCAGCUGUACGUGUGCGUCGUACACACGGUUGGGUGAGGCCAGGUCAGGCGUGAGGCCGAAACAAGGGUGGUCCAAAAUGAGUGGCUGAUAGGUUUCUCUAAUUAUGGAUAUGAAUGUUUUGUCGGCACUUGGAUGCGAGCACCUUCCUAUUGGGUACAG